AGGCUAUAGAAAUAACAAAAACACAAACUCAAAAAACUCAUCUUUGUUGAUAAAACUCCAAACACAAAGCAUGCAAACAGAGUCCUUUCUUCUUCAAUGUCACUUCAGCUACCUGAGAUGCUAACAUGGAUAAACCCUCCCAAAACCCUAAUUCCCUUUUCCUCCAUCACCCCAAACCCUUCUUCUCCAAUACCCAUUUGCUCAAUUUCUCCAAAACCCACAAAAACUUCACUCAAAUCCCUUCAACUUUCUCCUCAACACACCCUUACUUCAACUGACUGUGGUCUCAAAUUCAGGGAGAAAAUACUCUAUCUUCAAGAACUCAAUAUCAAUCCCAGUAAAGUUCUUCAACUAAACCCCCAUUUACGAUCAGCAACGCUCGAUUCAAUCAGAUCUGUUGAAAUAUGUCUGUUUUCAAUGGGGAUUGAACGGUCGGCAAUUGGUCGAAUACUUGAUAUGCAUCCUCAGCUUUUAACCUCCGACCCAUAUAUCCACCUUUACCCAAUUUUCGAUUUCUUGUUAAACGACGUCGUUAUCCCUUUCCAUGACAUUCGGAAAUCCAUUAUCCGUUGUCCGAGAAUUCUUGUUUGUAGUGUUGAAGAUCAAUUGAAACCCACAUUUGAGUUUUUGAAGGAGUUUGGGUUUGUGGGUCAGAAUCGAAUUACUUGUCAAACUACUGUUUUGCUUGUGUCCAGUGUUGAGCUAACUUUGAACCCUAAAAUUGAUUACAUGUUGAGUUUGGGAUUUGAACUCGAUGAUGUGGCUAAUAUGGUUUUGAGAUCACCUGGGUUGUUGACAUUUAGUAUUGAGAAAAACUUUAGGCCAAAAGUUGAGUAUUUUUUGAAGGAGAUGAAUGGGGAUAUAGGGGAAUUGAAGAGGUUUCCUCAGUACUUUUCGUUUAGUUUGGAGAGGAAGAUUAAGCCUCGGCAUAGGCUUUUGGUGGAGCAUGGGUUUUCGUUAUCAUUAUCGGAGAUGUUGAAGGUAAGUGAUGGAGAAUUCAAUGCCAGAUUGAUUGAAAUGCGAUUGAGGUUAGUGGAUGAUAAGCAAAUGUAGUACGUAAUUAACUCUUUUUCUAUGGUUAGAGUCGAUUUUGUAUAUGUUGGAGACUCAUUAGAGUUAAUACGAAAUGUUUCGCAUAUAUAAAUUGUUGUUAGAUGUACAUUUUUCGCGAUAAAGUAAUGAUUUUUAUCCUUGA